UAACAGGUGUCGAUGAGGGCUGCCCAUGGAGCACACCGCGAUAAGCUAUAUUGUCACAGUCACUCUGGAUGAGAGCGCCUCUGGUCGCGCGUCGCUCAUUUCGGAAGUGUUCGAACAGGUAUUUGCCCGGCUUGGUUUUCUUUGAAGUUAGGGGCAUUUAAACUCUAUUUUCUAACUGGAAUUAACCGAGGGGAUUUAGCGCAGAUUAAAAAAUAAAUAAAUCACUCAUUCACUUUCCUGGCAUCUCGCGCGCGCGCCCGGCGGCUCUUCGGCGCUGCGUUCAAAGUGUUCGCGUCGCUCCUGGUGGGACGUGGACUGAACGGAUUAACAGGACGUUUUUUUUUUUUUAUCUGCUUCGACAGAUUUCUUUGCUUCAUGAUGCAGAUGAUGCAGAUGUAGCCAGUGGAGGAAUGCAUUAAAAAGUGUUAUUGGUUGCCGAAAACCUGUGAAUUUUUGGUGUGGACGGUUACAUGUGAGUUGUAAAGAUUUUUGAUCCCUCAACUUGUUCUUCUCAGUCAUGGCAUUAAUUGGAACAUUGAAAGGGGCUUGAAAGAUGAAUUCUCUUUGAUUUUCUAAAAAUUAUACUUCAAAACACAUUAAAACAAUAGCCCUCCCCCCUCCUAAAUAAGGUGAAUUUGGCACCACCUCCCAUUUCAGCAUAACAACCCUCUCAGUGGCAGACAUGGUUUCCGUCUUUUGCUAAGAAAUAAACUGGACCGGAGGACAACGAGGGAAGUCAAAAGAAGUUUGAACGAGACUUUAUAGCUCAUCAGUUAGUUUAUUUUGUAUUUUGAGUCACCACCCAUCUGAGAAAUCCCAAUUUUUUCAGUGAAACACAGCUUCCCUUCCACUCCUCUCCACAUCCUUCUACACCUCUUCACACCAAAGAGGUUCUCGGAGAGGCUUCAUCCUGGCCGGCACCAUUCCAGCCAAGGGGGAAGAGGACUUCCUGACGCUGGCCGCUUCGCGGCUCAGCCGCAGGAAACGAGUCAUUGGAGCUGCUGUAGGUGUGGCCAUGGUUCUCAUACUGUUGGUGGCCAUUCCCCUUCUUGUCCAUACAACCAAAGGGGGGAACGCCGAAAAUGCAGGAAGCCAUUUUGAAAUGCUUGGAAGCUGCAGGAUGGUUUGCGACCCCUACACCACGUCUCAGCCCGGCCAGCAGCUGACGGCUGUGUCCCCCCCGCCCCAGGACUACUCGGGGAAGAAGCUUAAGUCUGGUUUCCGCGGUCCUCCAGGGAUCCCUGGCCCCCAAGGACCACGUGGACCCCCCGGAGAGCCCGGCAAACCAGGGCCACAGGGGCCCGUGGGUCCAGGUCCCGGGGGCUAUUCACCCUCACUCUACACUCCCAAAAUCGCCUUUUACGCAGGGCUACGCAAGCAGCACGAGGGAAGUGAAGUGCUGAAGUUUGAUGACGUGGUGACCAACGUAGGUAACUACUACGAGCCCAGCACAGGCAAGUUCACCUGUCCUCUGCCGGGCAUCUACUUCUUCACCUACCAUGUUUUAAUGAGAGGGGGUGACGGAACCAGCAUGUGGGCGGACCUGAAGAAGAACGGACUGGUAAGAGCCAGCGCCAUCGCUCAGGACGCCGAUCAGAAUUACGACUACGCCUCCAACAGCGUGAUCCUGCAUUUGGACGUGGGCGACGAGGUGUGUGUGCAGCUGGACGGAGGGAAGGUCCACGGAGGGAACACAAACAAGUACAGCACCUUCUCCGGUUUCCUCAUCUACCCGGACUGAAUCAAAUCCUUCCCGACGCAGAGCGGAACACCAACACACACUUAAACACAACCGCACCUACACGGACGUAUGCAAAUCAAUGCACAAUACACAGAUAUGCAGCCGCUCAGUUCCUGCUGGGACCACACACACACACACAAACACACUAAUGCAAGUUAACACACAUAUAUAUACAGGCAUACUGAGAUUAUAACAGAGUCGAGUAGCGUGAUUUUGAGCCAGCAACUCUCACUACCGGCAGCUUUUGUGCAAAUAUGAAUAACAGAAGAUGUACAGUAUUGGUGCGCAUAACAAUUGCACGCUCCGGCUUGGAAAUAUCUAGAACAAUUAACUGACAUUGUGAGAACUACAAUAUAACCAUCAGAAUAUUUGUUUUUCAAUGCAAUAAUGGGCCCCAUUGGCUGUGUUGCACUCCUUACUUUAUGCAUUUCUGCUGGUCAUUCCAACGACUUUGAUUCAAAUGGCCUGCGUUUCGCAACCCAUCAUUGUGAAAUGUGUUUUUCCCUAAAGUGAAUUACACCAGUUGAAAGGAAAUCCCUGUUGUGCUUCAUCCUGCAUCGGGGACAUACUGAUCCAAAUAAGGCCAUCUGAAUAAACACAGAGGUUAGAAGUCUCCCUCCGGUUUCCAUCAUGAUGCAGAAUAUCACAGCAAGACAAAACUAAACCGAACGUACUACAAGACAUUUUAGGGAGGGCACUUGUGUGAUGAAGUGCCAAGUGCACUAUUGACAAUAGAGAAUGUGUGUGUGUGUGUGUGUGUGUGGAUGUUGUAUGAGUGGAUAGACAUUGUUGUAUAAUGAGGCAUUAACCGCUGGAGUGUUUUAGUUACAUUAAAUGUUGUACAAUAUAUUGCUGGAAUCACACUGCCAUUCCUACUUAAUACCUUAUUUUUAAGAGACUCUGUCAAAUUAUCAUCAUAUGUAUCGACACAGUAAUCCUGGGUUGGGCUAACAGGUACGUCGAAUAGGCCGAGUAGACACCUGCUAUUAAAAAUAUCUAUAACUACCGUGUCUGUGUUCUUGCACGUUGUUUCGGCGGGGGUCAGGGCUGAAUGAAGACGUGUGUUUUCAUGACAAAUCCACAUAAAUCCAUGCAGACCGUUGUUAUAUUUGGAGUCACCGGAGAAUCGGAUACAUGACAUGGCCUCGUGGACACUACUGGCUGACCCACAGCCAUGUCUGCCUCCACAUGGAUUUCCAAUACGAUUUAAGACGCUAUUAAAAACACACACAUUAAUACUGCUACAUUGAUCUUUGCACAUAAUACACCAUGGAUAUACCAAAUCCUGCUGAUGUAUACAAGUUAAAUUUUACAUAUAAUCAGGUUUACAAACAAACCAAAUAGGUUCUGUGCUUGAUGGAUGAGGCGUGACAUCCAUCUAAAAACACAUUUACUGUGCUCUCUCAUUGGAUAAAAGUA